AUGACCUUUGAGAUUCCCUCCGUCUCCGAAUUGAAACACGCCGCUGAGGACGGUCAGCGCAUCACCGCAGCCGAUGUCUCGUCCAUCUCACAAGCCGAAAGCGAGCUAACGGGGCGCGGCCCGGUUCGUGGUGGUCCAGCUGCCACAGCACAAAGUAUCGCGAUGAGACAAAUGAAUUUCGAUACCAAGCUGGACGAGGUUUCGCGUAAACCUUCCACUCAGAUUUCACAGCGAGAUGCAAAGGAGAUGCAAUCUUCCGAGGGACGAGCUUUCCACCGCGCACCUGGCUUUGGAUCUGUAUCGUCGCAGGUUCGCUUGAUUGCCAAUCAGAAUGAGGUGCAAGAUAUACCUCCUAUCAUGGCAGAUGUUCCAGCAUAUGUAACCAAGGAUGAUGCGCGCGAGGCGCAGCGGGCAGAGUCGUUGUUCUAUGGCGGUGCGAUCCCGAGUGGUGGGAUGGCGUCGCAAAUGCAGAGUGCAGCGGAUAAAGUGGAACAAGCGCGGCGGGAUAUUAUUUAG